AUGGUAAGAAAGUUCGGAGAAGACUUUUGGAGUAAAGUCUUAUUGAGAGCAGGAUUCGAACCUGGAAAGGAAAACAUUGUGAAUCACUACUAUUCGGAUGCCGACACUUACAUCCUUGUAGAUGCAGUUAGUGUGACAGCAAAAAUGACCAGAGAACAAGUAUGGGAGAUGUAUGGAGGGUUUCUAAUAGAGUACACAAUGGAAAUCGGUUGGGACGAUCUUAUUCGCUCAAUGAGCCCGAACCUCAAGGGAUUCCUUGACAACUUGGACUCGCUGCAUUAUUUCAUUGAUCACGUCGUAUACAAAGCGAAUUUGCGCGGACCAUCGUUCCGCUGUGAGGACAACCCGGACGGCAGCAUCACUUUGCAUUACUACACUGGGAGACCUGGACUGUACCCAAUUGUUAAAGGAGUUCUGAAGGAGGCAGCUAAGCGAGUUUUUGAGAUAGAUGUUGCUCUAACGAUCACUGGCCGCACUCAACGAAGCGUUCAAAUGGCAACAGGCGAACGUAUAGAGGAGCACGUCAUAUUCUUGGUCAAGACGGUCAAUCCGGACGGGUCCGGUAUCGAGUCACUUGGGAGUGUACCAAAUCGCCCGACACAGAGCAAUGAUUUCAAGAUUCGUCUGACAAACGAGGAUUUUAUCACAACAUUUCCGUACCAUUUUGUGGUGGACCAGGACUGCAAACUUGUGCAGGCUGGCAGAGAACUUUACAAUUAUGUACCACGUGAUCUUCUGGUCCCUGGCACACCGCUCAUUCGAAUAUUCGAAAUCAAUCGACCACAGAUUCCUCUCGAUUUCGAUUCAAUUUGCAACUUCAUAAACGCUGUUUUCGUUUUGCAAGUGAAGACGACUCCAAUGGAAUUUCAAAGAAGUGUUAGCAAACGUAACAGUCAAGUAAUGGAGGGAGGUGGUACUGAUAGUGACAGCAGCACUGAUCUUAUGACGCAGAGUCAACAUUUGAAGCUCAAAGGCCAAAUGAUGUUGCUGUCGACAGGUCGUCAUGUAAUAUACUUGUGUUCACCAUAUGUCACGUCCAUUCCUGAACUCCUACAAUUUGGUAUGCGACUCACAGCCAUGCCCUUGCACGACGCCACAAGAGAUUUGAUCCUUCUCAACCAACAACGCCUAAGUGAUGUGGAGAUGAACCUACAGUUGGAAGCUUUUAACGAGCAGCUGGAAUUGAUGGCCAAAGAUCUCGAAGUGGAGAAAGCUAAAACAGACGCAUUGUUGAGUGAGAUGCUUCCAGCAUCAGUAGCCCAUCAGCUCAAGAGUGGCCUGAAUGUGGAUGCUCGAGAAUACGAGUCAGCCACAGUGAUGUUUUCCGAUGUGCCUUCGUUUCAACAAAUUGUACCCAUCUGCCAGCCGAAAGACGUAGUUCAUCUUUUGAAUAACCUCUUCACACGAUUUGAUCGUUUAGUUGUGCUUCAAAAAGCCUACAAAGUGGAGACUGUGGGAGAUAGCUACAUGUCUGUUAGUGGAAUACCUGACGCCGCCGAAGACCACUGUGAAGUCAUCUGUCAUUUGGCACUUGGUCAGUACUUGUAUCAAACUGAUCGUAGUGGUAACGAAAGAAAAAGAAAGCGUAAGGCGUCG